UUGUAAUAAGUCCAACUCCAAUCAGACCCCUACCCAUUUUCAUCACUGCAGCUUUUCAAACUUUCUUUUUAAAGCCCCUCCAGACCUUCAAUACCAACCAGACCUCUUCAUCUUCUCUCCAUGUCUGUGUCUCAGAAGAUGUCAGAACCUGACACAAAGAACCCAAACUCCUUUUCUCUGUCUGUAAUAACUUCAGUGUUCUUCUGAAUCCUCAUCUCAUGAGCUUCAUAUCAAUCCCUUGUUGUUCUAUUUGUUUUGUUUCUCUCUCAAUCAGGUAGAUGGAGGACUCAGAUGAAUCCAAUGGUGGCAACAAAUGCACCACCAAGGCUAGAACUUUGAGAGCCAGGGCUAAGACCAACUCCACCCAUAAGCAUGAGUAUCAAUAUCAAUAUCAGCAUCAGCUCUUUCAAUAUUCAAACCAGUAUGGGUUCUUUAAUCACAACCAAAUCCAAUACCCAAGUUACUACCCAGCUCUUCUUCCUCUGCCUCCUCCAAUACCUAUUCAACUUGCUCUGACCCCACCUUUGCUUCAAAAUCAUAGCUUUAGAUCAAAAACCCAUUUGCAGAAACCUUCUUGUAAUCUAAAUAAUCAUCCUCUUCCUACCUCUUCUGUUAGUCAAGGACCUGUUGUCACAAUCUCAUCAGCUCCAGAGGGGCUGCAGCAACGAAAGAGCCCUCCUGUCAAAAGAAAUGAUGGAAGAACAGCUGUGCAAUCCACCCCCCAUUCCCAAGCUCUUAUAGCUGCAAGGAGACCAGAUUCUGGUGGUGUUGAAGGAUCAGUUGUUACUCUUGUGGCCAACCAUUUUCUUGUCCAAUUCAAUUCGUCGCAGAGAAUUUUCCAUUACAAUGUAGAAAUUUCUCCAAAUCCUUCCAAGGAAGUUGCCAGGAUGAUCAAAGAAAAACUGGUCCAAGACAAUUCAGCUGUGUUCUCUGGAACUUUUCCAGCCUAUGAUGGCCGGAAGAAUCUUUACAGCCCAGUUGAAUUCCAAAAUGAUAGGCUUGAAUUCUACAUGAGCCUCCCAAUCCCAAGUAGCAAAUCAUCAUUGCCUCUUGGAGAACUAAAUGACUUUCAAGAGAAGCAUCUGCAGCUCAAACUAUUCCGGAUAAACAUCAAGUUGGCGUCGAAGUUGGACGGGAAGGAACUGAGCCGGUACUUGAGCAAAGAAGGUGAUGAUUGGAUCCCACUUCCUCAGGAUUAUCUACAUGCUUUGGAUGUUGUUUUGCGCGAGAGUCCGAUGGAGAAAUGCAUACCUGUAGGGAGAUCAUUCUAUUCAAGUUUAAUGGGCGGAACAAAGGAAAUUGGAGGAGGAGCUGUUGGAUUGAGAGGAUUCUUUCAAAGUCUUAGACCCACACAACAAGGACUAGCUCUCAAUGUAGAUUUCUCCGUGACCGCUUUUCAUGAAAGUAUCGGAGUGAUCCCCUACCUGCAAAAGCGUCUCAAGUUUCUGAGGGACCUUCCUCAAAACAAAACAAGGAGUUUGAUUAUUGAAGAAAGGAAAGAAGUGGAGAUAACUUUGAAGAAUAUCAGGGUCUUUGUUUGCCACAGAGAAACUGUUCAGAGAUACCGGGUUUAUGGCUUGACUGAAGAAGCUACGGAUAAUAUCUGGUUCGCCGACAGGGACGGGAAGAAACUGAGGCUGGUGAGUUACUUCAAGGAUCACUACAAUUAUGACAUAAAAUUCAGGAACUUGCCAUGUUUGCAGAUUAGUAGAAGUAAACCAUGUUAUCUUCCCAUGGAGCUUUGUAUGAUUUGUGAAGGCCAGAAGUUUCUUGGGAAACUGUCCGAUGAUCAGACAGCAAAAAUUCUCAAGAUGGGCUGCCAAAGACCUAAAGAACGAAAAACCAUUAUUAAUGAGGUCAUGAGAGGAUCUGUUGGACCAACAAGUGGCAAGCAGAGCAGAGAAUUCAAACUCAAUGUUUCAAGAGAAAUGACAAGACUGAACGGGAGGAUCCUGCAGCCUCCGAAAUUAAGACUUGGUGAUGGUGGACUGGUAAGAGAUCUGACUCCUUCUCGCCAUGAUCGGCAAUGGAACCUUGUGGACAGCCAUGUCUUUGAAGGAACAAGAAUAGAAAGGUGGGCACUAAUGAGUUUUGGAGGCACCCUUGAUCAGAAGUCCAACAUUCCAAAAUUUAUAAACCAACUAUCACAAAGGUGUGAACAGUUAGGCAUUUUUCUUACUAAAAACACAAUAAUUAGCCCACAAUACGAGUCGACUCAAGUGCUUAACAAUGUCGCCCUUCUGGAAUCGAAACUGAAGAAAAUCCAGAAGGCUGCCGCCAACAAUCUCCAGCUGCUUAUUUGUAUAAUGGAGAAGAGACACAAAGGAUAUGCAGAUUUGAAGCGAAUAGCAGAAACAAAUGUUGGUGUUGUAAGCCAGUGCUGCUUGUUUCCGAACCUCGGCAAGUUGAAUCCACAAUUUCUAGCUAAUUUGGCUCUCAAGAUCAAUGCUAAAGUUGGAGGAUGCACAGUCGCUUUGUACAAUUCGUUACCCUCGCAGAUUCCACGCCUAUUUCAUUCUGAUGAACCUGUGAUCUUCAUGGGAGCUGAUGUAACUCAUCCUCACCCUCUUGAUGACUUCAGUCCAUCAGUUGCUGCUGUUGUUGGUAGCAUGAACUGGCCAGAAACAAACAAGUAUGCAUCACGAAUGAGGUCGCAAACGCAUCGACAAGAAAUUAUUCAGGACCUUGGUGCAAUGGUGAAAGAAUUGCUAGAUGAAUUUUAUCAAGAAGCAAGAAAACUUCCCAAGAGGAUAAUAUUCUUCAGGGAUGGAGUAAGCGAAACCCAGUUCUACAAGGUGCUUCAAGAGGAGUUGCGGGCGAUUCAAGAAGCAUGUUCGAGAUACCCAGGUUAUAGACCUCUCAUUACAUUUGCAGUUGUCCAAAAGAGACACCAUACAAGGUUGUUUCACUGUGAAACAGAUGAAUCUUCCAUUCAAAACCAGUUUUACGGCGAAAACAUACCCCCAGGAACAGUUGUGGAUACUGUUAUUACUCAUCCAAAGGAAUUUGAUUUUUAUCUAUGCAGCCAUUGGGGAGUAAAAGGAACAAGUAGGCCAACUCAUUACCAUGUCUUGUGGGAUGAGAACCAAUUCACUUCUGAUGAAUUACAGAAGCUAGUUUACAAUCUCUGCUACACAUUUGUAAGGUGCACAAAGCCAAUUUCUUUGGUGCCUCCUGCUUACUAUGCACACUUAGCUGCAUACAGGGGCAGGCUUUACCUCGAACGAUCGGAGUCAAUGGCUUCCAUGAGAAAUGGUUCUAAGAUCUCAAGAGCUGCUCCACCAAAGGCAACACCUCUGCCAAAGCUCAAUGAGAAUGUAAAGAAUCUCAUGUUCUAUUGCUGAGUUUUGUUAUAUCUUCCACACUGAUGUAGUUCCAAUUUGGUAUGUACAGUAUCACUUCAGCUAGUUUUCAA